AUGGUGAACGAUCUGUACCCUUCCACUUUCCCCAUCGAUGUGCGCCACUUUCUGGCCGACUGGAUUGAGCAGCAGAUCUGGGAGGACUUUGAGCCUGGUAAAACUGAGCUGGAGUCCAGGGCCAAAUAUCAGUUGGACCAAGUUAUAAAUUUGCUUCAAAUGAUCUCGGAGCAGAACAGCAGCAUCGUGGACAAGAUGAAGCUGCGACAGAUCAGCAAAACUCUGGGGGUAUAUUUCCAACCUCGGCCUCUGGACUUUGGAGUGUUGGUCAGAGACAUCCUCAGGAAGGAACAGUAUCUGCUAAGCAAUUGCCCUCAGAUCUCGUGCUCUCAGUAUGCACCAAAGCCCACAGCUCCAGAGAUCACCAUGGACCAACUGGUCAACAAAGUGCUCGAGAUCCAAGACAUCCGACAGAAGAUCCACGUGCUGAAAGAAGAACUCAAUCUGGACCAGGAGAGGUUUGAAGCCAUGGGGUCACAAGGCUCAGUGAUGCAGAAUGGUCGAGAUCUGUCCAGUGAAGAUCCUCAGAAAAAUCUGCGUAUUUGCAUAGAGCAGAAAAAGUACAAUCUGGAAUCUAUGGCUCUGACCAGAGUCCAUCUACUGCAGGAGUGCGUGCAGCGACUGGAGCAGUAUCAGCACGACCACAUCUUCAAACUCGAGCGAUGGUGCUACGAGCAGCACAAGUCUGCCAUUGGACACCCAUUUGAUGACAACCUACUCCCCCUGCAGAACGGGUUUGAGCAGUUUCUGGAGAUGAAUGCAAAGCUGCGUCAGGAGGUAUUUUUAGUUGGAGAUCCGGCCACUGUAGGUCUUACAGAGAAACUCACCUCCCUUCUCACUGACCUAGUUCAAAGCUCUCUUGUUAUUGAAAAGCAGCCUCCACAGGUAAUCAAAACACAGUCUAAAUUCUCUGCAUCUGUGCGGUACCUGUUUGGAGAUAAGAUCGCGCCAGGAAAAGCCGCCAUGUUGAAGGUGCAGAUCAUCAAUGAACAGCAGGCACGAGGGCUGAGGCAGGGAGGACUACCGAGUGAUAAUGUUGGGGAACUGAUGAACAAUACAGCUAUCCUUGAGCACAAUACCACCACAAAAUCAACUUCUGCUGCCUUCAGAAACAUGUCCAUCAGAAAGAUCAAGCGGGCAGAGAGGAAAGGCUCUGAGUGUGUGACAGAGGAGAAGUUCGCACUGCUGUUUUCUGGAGAGAUCCACAUAACCGGAUGGGACUACCCCUACAGUAUACAUGCGAUCUCCGUGCCAAUAGUGGUUAUUGUUCAUGGAAGUCAAGACAUCAAUGCUAUGGCCACAGUUCUCUGGGAUUGUGCUUUUGCAGAACCGAACAGAGAGCCGUUCGUGGUUCCGGAGCGGGUGCCAUGGAGACAGAUGUGCAACAUGUUGAAUGUGAAGUUCACGUCGGAAGUGAACACUCGGCACUCUCUGAACGAAUACAACCUGCUGUUUCUGGCCCAGAAGAUCUUUGACAAGCACGACAUAUGUGACUUCAGCAACAUGUUUGUGUCAUGGUCCCAGUUCAACAAGGAGACACUUCCAGGACGAUCCUUCACUUUCUGGCAGUGGUUUGAGGGAGUGAUGGAGCUCACCAAAAAGCACAUUCAAUCUUACUGGAGUGACAAGUUGAUUUUUGGUUUUAUUGGAAAGCAGCACUUGCAUGUCAUUCUCAAAGACAGCCCUGGCGGGACGUUCCUCCUGCGCUUCAGUGACUCAGAGAUUGGAGCUAUUACUAUUGCCUAUGUGGAAAUGUCAGAAAAUGGAGCUAGGGUACAAAAUAUAAUGCCUUUCAACAAAAAAGCACUGGAGAUCAGUGGCCUCGGCAACCGCAUCAUUGACUUGAAAUAUUUAACAUAUCUGUAUCCCAACAUCCUAAAGACCGUGUUUAAUAAGUACUACAAUGGACCUGAGAAGGCUGCUAAUCCAGGUUACAUCCAAGUCCAGUUAGUCACUGUGCCCCAGCCCUCAGACAUGAAUGGCUCCUCCAAUCAAAACAUGAUGAGACCCAGCCCCACACUUAGUAGCCCUGAGCCUUACUCUUUGGACCCUAACCCGGUCCAAAUUCUCCCGUAUCCAGUCACGGAUCCCCUCUACACGGAAGCGAUUGAUGAGUUUCUAAAUGAAAUAAAAAUGGAUGAUUCAACUCAGCAUUAA